UCCCACAAUGUUGGGUCCAGAUUCAUCCUCAGGAGUCAUUGCCAGGGAAAUUUAUAUCCCUGGGAAUCAGGUCCCACAUGGUAGGGAGAGCCCAAAUUUUUUAUUCCUGCUCACUUUUCACUGUUUGGUGGUGGUGGUUUAAAUAUAGCAAAUUAAAUGCCAGCUUUGGUGUCCAUAUUUCGAAGUCCCAAAAUAAACUUAAUGUGAAAACAUCCAUAGACAAACAAAAUCAUAAUUAUUCUAUAUUUGUAUAACAAAGCAAUUCACCAGAGUUUUAGAAAUUUGGAGUGCCGGUUAAUUUUCCCUCCUCCCCUUCUAAUUAGAUGUAGAGAGUAGAAAGAAGGAAUCCAAUGGAAGUAAAGAUAUUGUCUUUACUCAUGGCUGCCCAACAUCUCCCAAAAUAUGGUCAGGAUAUGUAAGUCUGGAGGUCUUCUGCACAAGGAGAGAAAUCUAAAUCACCAGGGAGUAUGUAGAGUAAGAAGAGAGGAGGCUGAGGAUGAAAUCCUGGGGAUUAUAAACCUUAAAGGAAUCCAUACAAAGACUAAAAAGAGUACAGAAUUGCAGCUAAUUCAGGGAAGUAGCAUUUUGGAAAAAAGGAGUGCUCAAUUGCCUCAAAUACUGCCAAGAAAUCGGUGAAGGUAAGAGCAACAAAAACAAAAAUAUCCAUGGGAUUUUGCCACAAAAGAAGUCUUAGAUUCAUCCACAGUGAAAAAUAUGCUGCUUUCCGUUCCCAGCCUCCCUCAACUCUAAUAACAUCGGACCACCUACAUUUGUUUCUCAUGGUACCUUCACAUCUGGCUCCCAUUGGGAAUAAAAAUAUGACACUGACAGAUCUUUGGCCCCAGGAAUAAGAUUAUUCAUUGUAGUCCUGAAGAAGGACUUAUGGUAUGUGUCUGUGUUUAGAGGAUGGUUGAUCAUAAGAUUUUCCUUGGAAGCCAGGGCCCAAAAUUUCUGGGUGUGGGAAUUAUAAAUUGCUACAUCAAUUGCUGAUGGAAUGGCAGGAUGAUGAGCCCUUCAAAAGACAUGUUAGGGUCCCAGGCAGGCUCUGAAAUAAAAGCCUAAUGUUACCCUCCUCUUUUCUCUUCUUUUACAGGUUGCAUCUUUCUUAUUAGACUGUGAGGCCCUUGUUUCGUUGUUGCUGAAUGCUGUAGGGAGUGCACUGAUGCUGGGGCUCAAUAAAUGUUUGGCAGAAUUAGGCUUCUGAGAGAUACAAGAAGAUAACCCAGAAGAAGGCGGCUCUGAAAAUACUCCAUCAUCUUCAAAUUUCUGCUCAGGGCCUAGGCCAUGGAGGAAAUUCUAUGGGCCUGCUUCUGCUUCUAAGAACCUAUAGAAAGGUUCUUUCUCAAAAUCAAACAGCGCUACCUAAUAGCUACUUUUUGGUCUCCUAAUAUUGCUUUUACCUGCAUUGCUGGAAGGACUUAUAUGAAUAGAGAACCUGGAACACAGUGAGGACUUGGCCUGGAAGAAACGCUGGUUUAUCCUGCGGAGUGGCCGGAUGAGUGGUGACCCAGACGUUCUAGAAUACUACAAGAAUGAUCACUCCAAAAAGCCCCUGCGGAUCAUCAACCUUAACUUCUGUGAGCAGGUGGAUGCAGGCCUGACCUUCAACAAGAAGGAGCUGCAGGAUAGUUUUGUGUUUGACAUCAAGACCAGUGAGCGCACCUUUUACCUGGUGGCUGAGACAGAGGAAGACAUGAAUAAGUGGGUCCAGAGCAUCUGCCAGAUCUGUGGCUUCAAUCAGGCUGAGGAGAGCACAGAACUUUUCUCCUUUUCAGCAGACUCCCUGAGAAACAUUUCCUCAGCUAGUCAUGGUCCCCGCUCAGCUGAACUCAGCAUCUCCAAUCAGCACCUUCUCCGAGAACGGAAAUCCUCAGCCCCAUCGCACUCCAGCCAGCCAACCUUGUUCACAUUUGAACCCCCUGUGUCAAACCACAUGCAGCCCACCUUGUCCACCAGUGCACCUCAGGAGUAUCUCUACUUGCACCAGUGCAUAAGCCGGAGAGCAGAAAAUGCAAGGAGUGCCAGUUUCUCUCAGGGCACCAGGGCUUCAUUUCUCAUGAAGAGUGACACAGCCGUACAGAAACUUGCGCAGGGCAAUGGGCACUGCGUCAACGGUGUCAGUGGUCAAGUCCAUGGUUUCUACAGCCUUCCCAAGCCAAGCCGGCACAAUACAGAAUUCAGAGACAGUACCUACGACCUUCCCCGGAGCCUGGCCUCCCAUGGGCAUGCCAAGGGCAGCCUCACAGGCUCUGAGACAGAUAAUGAGGAUGUGUAUACCUUCAAGACGCCCAGCAACACCCUGUGCCGAGAGUUUGGGGACCUUCUGGUGGACAACAUGGACGUUCCAUCCACCCCACUCUCAGCCUACCAGAUCCCUAGGACAUUCACCCUGGACAAGAACCACAACGCCAUGGCGGUGGCCACUCCUGGGGACUCAGCCAUAGCUCCCCCACCCCGGCCUCCCAAGCCAAGUCAGGCAGAAACACCUCGAUGGGGCAGCCCUCAGCAGAGACCUCCAGUCAGUGAGAACAGCAGAUCAGUCUCUGUUGCGGCCACCAUUCCCAGGCGCAAUACCCUCCCUGCAAUGGACAACAGCCGACUUCACCGAGCCUCUUCCUGUGAUACCUACGAGUAUCCGCAGCACGUUGGAGAGAGUGCAGGCCGGUCUGCAGAGUCCAUGAGUGAUGGAGUUAAUUCUUUCCUGCCAGGGAAAGCAGUUGUGGGCCGAUCGGAUAGCACCAAUUCUGAAGACAACUAUGUACCCAUGAACCCAGGUUCUUCCUCCCUGAUGGCCAUGGAGCGAGCCAGCGAUAAUUCCCAGAGUGUCUACAUCCCCAUGAGCCCAGGGCCCCAUCACUGUGACCCACUCAGCUACUCCUCCACAGCCCUUCCUAAGCAUCGAGGCCCCAGCCGAGGAAGUGAGAUCCAGCCACCCCCUGUCAACCGCAAUCUCAAACCUGACCGGAAAGCAAAGCCAACACCACUUGACCUGAGAAACAACACCGUCAUCGAUGAGCUCCCCUUCAAAUCACCUGUCACCAAGUCGUGGUCUAGGGCCAUCCACACCUUCAACUCCAGCUCUUCCCAGUACUGCCGCCCCAUCUCCACGCAGAGCAUCACCAGCACGGACUCGGGAGACAGCGAAGAGAACUACGUCCCUAUGCAAAAUCCAGUGUCUGCAUCUCCCGUUCCCAGUGGCACCAACAGUCCAGCCCCUAAGAAGAGCACUGGCAGCGUCGAUUAUCUUGCCUUGGACUUCCAGCCAAGCUCCCCAAGCCCCCACCGCAAGCCAUCCACAUCAUCUGUCACUUCCGACGAGAAGGUGGACUAUGUUCAAGUAGACAAAGAGAAGACUCAGGCCCUGCAGAACACCAUGCAGGAGUGGACAGACGUGCGGCAGUCCUCGGAGCCUUCCAAGGGUGCCAAGCUGUGAUUCAGGGCCACCGAGCCCAGGGAAGGGCUCCAGAGCUGGCUCUUCCCCAUCCUCUCUUCCUUCUCCCUCCCAUUGCCCCCUCCUGCCUACCUCCUCUCCACUGUGCCACUCUCAGCCUUCAAAGCACUUGACAUCAGGGACCCUGAAACCUACCCCUGGGAGGUGAGGGCCUGAUUGAGAUACUUCCUCUGCCCACUCUGGGCCCACCUUUGAUUUUUAUCAGUAAUGGCCAAGCCUCCAACCCAUCUUAGUUAGGAGCUGUUGCCAAAAAGCAUUCUUCAGCCUCUUCUUGUCCUUUAGACCUGAAUAUCUACCAGAUUUUAGAAGGAGGGGUUGGGGCUCUGAGCUAGAUUCCAUACCUCUUACUUGGUCACAGCCUUCAACCCUACCUGGGCUACCUCUCCUUCAGUCCUAGGAGAAGAGAAAUCAUCUUGCUGACCCAGGGAGCCAAGGACCAGCAGACCAAAGUGGACAUGGACUUUUUCAUCUCUUUCUUGGCAGGGGAGAGGACAAGGCCACCAAAGGUGAAACAAUCAAGAAGGAAGGUCAAAGGUGGUCUUGAGGAGCAAAGCAAUUGGAUUCCAAGACAUAGAAGGGCAGUUUAUAUAUGUAGUGGUCCCCAACUUGCAGGCCAAGGACAUGGCAGUGCAGCUAUAGGGUAGGAGAGGCAGAGGGAUAAAGGACAAAAGAAGGGAGGAUUGAUGAUGGGCAACCAAGAAUAAGAACCAGGGCUUGGGGCCCAAGAGAUUGGAAUGACAAGGACACUAUAGAACUUAGGAUUUACAGGUCCCCUCUGCAGCUCUCUGAUGCUGCUCUGGGAAAGAGAUGGUCAUCUUCCCCAGAGGCCUCCUUGAGAGCCACCCACCAUGCCUGAAAGUACCACUCUGGAGAAGGCUUGGAUUUAUGUGGGUGACGCAGCAUGUGUAGGGGGAGUGCCAGUGCAGUGAGGGGAUGCAGAUGGAGGCCUGUGGGAAACAAAUGUGAUAUUCCAGG